AUGGGCAACAGAACACAGCCUUCAUGGGUCACAGUCUUCCUGCUUUACUCAGGCUGCUUGUAUCUCCUGACCGAUGCACAGAUGAAGAUUUCACCUGAAACGGUUCAAAAAUGGGCCAAUAGCCUUUCAGAACAGCUGAAUGCUGUUGCUGUAAAAUAUUCAGGAUCUGCACUUCUACAAAAGAAACUCAAAGAUGUGGAGCCCAUAAUCCGGAUCGAGGAAGUAAAUGGAACUGAAUUGGCCCAGGAGUUUUCAGAUGAAAUUGAGAAGAUGCUGGGAAGCAAAAUGAAGUCUGUAAAGCGACUGGCAGAUACAGUUGAGGAUGCAGAUCUCUAUCAUGAAUUUAAUGCAAGUUUAGAGUUUGACUAUUUCAACUCCCUGCUCAUAAACACAAUGGAUGAGGAUGGCAACUACAUUGAACUUGGUGGCGAGUUUCCACUGGAAGAGAAUGAGCACUUUAACAAUCUGCCAGUUAACACAUUAAUGAGUGACAUCCAAGUCCCAACCAAUGUGUACAACAAAGACCCAGACAUUCUGAACGGUGUGUACAUGUCCGAGGCUUUGAAUGACGUCUUCAUCAGUAACUUCCAGAAAGACCCGACUCUCACAUGGCAGUUCUUUGGAAGUUCAACUGGUUUCUUCAGACUCUAUCCAGGCAUCAAGUGGACUCCAGACCCGAAUGGAGUGGUUGCAUUUGACUGUCGAAAUAGAAACUGGUACAUUCAGGCAGCUACGUCUCCGAAAGACAUCAUCAUAGUGGUAGAUAUCAGUGGCAGUAUGAAGGGCCUGAAGCUCACUAUCGCCAAACACACCAUCAACACCAUCCUGGACACUCUGGGGGAAAAUGAUUUCGUCAACAUUAUUGCAUACACUGAUUACAUUCAGUAUGUGGAACCCUGUUUCAAAGGCACACUUGUGCAGGCGGAUCUGGACAACAGGGAGCAUUUUAAGCUGCUUGUAGAAGACCUGCAUGUAAAGGGCGAGGGGAAAGUUAAAAAAGCCAUGAAGGAGUCUUUCUGGGUAUUGAAUGAGGCCACAGCGAAUGGGCAGGGCAGCUUGUGCAAUCAGGCCAUCAUGCUCAUCACAGAUGGAGCCAUGGAAGAUUUCCAGUCUGUGUUCGAGGAGUUCAACUGGCCUGAGAGGAAGGUGCGGGUCUUCACCUACCUCAUUGGCCGUGACAUGACCUUCGCAGAAAAUGUGAAGUGGAUCGCCUGUAACAAUAAAGGUUACUAUACUCACAUUAACACACUAGCUGACGUGCAGGAGAACGUCAUGGAGUAUCUUCAUGUCCUGAGUCGCCCCAUGGUCAUCGAUCACGAUCAUGACAUUAUCUGGACUGAGGCAUACAUGGACAGUGUGCUUUUUAACAGCAUGGCUCAGAGUCUCCUUCUGAUGACCACUGUGGCGAUGCCCGUGUUCAGCAAGAAGAAAGAGACGCUUUCGCAUGGAAUUCUGUUGGGAGUGGUGGGCACGGACAUUCCCUUAGUGGAGGUCAUGGUGCUUGCCCCUCGAUACAAGCUAGGCACUCAUGGCUACGCUUUCCUCAUUACAAACAACGGGUACAUUCUGGCACACCCUAAUUUAAGGCCUCUUUAUAAAGAUGGAAAGAAACUGAAACCCAAACCAAACUACAACAGUGUGGAUCUGACCGAGGUGGAAUGGGAAGACAGUGAUGACACGUUGAGAACAGCCAUGGUGAAAGGUCAGACUGGUACAUUAAUGUUAGAUGUAAGAACCGCAGUGGACAAAUGGAAAAGACCCUUAUUUCUCAAAAAUGAUUAUUUCUACACAACCAUCAACGAUACACCAUUUAGUUUUGGGAUGGUGUUAACACGGGGCCAUGGGCAAUACAUGUUCUAUGGAAAUGUGUCUAUUGAAGAGGGACUUCAUGACCUUCAGCAGCCAGACCUUACAAUAACUAAUGAGUGGUCCUACUGUGAGACUGAUAUCGACCCCCAACAUCGUAAACUCACUCAGUUCCAGGCUGUUGUCCGAUACCUGACCGGGAAAGAGCCAGAGCUUGAAUGUGAUGAAGUUCUUCUGCAGCAAAUCCUGUUCGACGCAGUGGUCACGGCUCCACUAGAAGCCUAUUGGACUGCGCUGAUGCUGAGUGAUAAGGGUGUGGAUGAUGGAGUUGAGACAGCCUUCUUGGGGACACGCUCAGGCCUCAUGCGUGUCAUCAGAUACGUUGCCAAUGAGGAACGGAAGGGAAAGAACUUCCUAACUCCAGUGGACAAGGAGAAUCUUUUUACUAUGGACCAUCACCCUGUCUGGUACCGCCUGGCAGCUGAGAACAAACCAGGACAGUUUUAUUUCUACGUACCCGUUGAUGAUAUCAACAAAGAAAAGAACACUUUCAUAGCAGUGACUGCUGUAACUGUGACUCAGCGGAAGAGAACAGCACUGGCUGGAGCAAUUGGAGUCCAGAUGUCAUUAGAUCUACUUGAAAGAAGAUUCUGGGCCACGGCUAAACAGGCAAAUGACACAGAUUGCAGUAAUGUGGAUGGGUUGUGUCCUCUCACCUGCGAAAGUAUUGAUAUUAACUGUUACCUGGUGGACAACAACGGCUUCACAGUGAUCUCUAAGGAGAGAAGUGACGUUGGAAAAUUCUUCGGGGAAAUCGACGGAUCAGUGAUGGCUCAGCUAAUCAAAACAGGCUUGUUUAAAAGGGUGGCUUUGUACGACUACCAGGCCAUGUGCAAGAACACCCAUCAUCAUGCCAGUGCAGCUCGACCCCUGCUGAGUCCUUUCUACAGUCUGAUAGCAUCAGUCAAGUGGCUUUUCUCCAACCUCAUGCUAUUUCUUUUGGAGUUCAACAUCUGUGGGCUGUGGCAUAAUGACUACCUGGUAGACGCCAAGUCUGGAUACCACACUACGCACAAACAGAAGAAGGUCGAAUCCCUGGUGCCAUGUAACACUGAAUACCCUGGAUUCAUGUACGACACCUCUAUCAGAGAGACCAACAGCAUCAUUAAGUGUGGUCGCUGUCAAAAGACAUUUGUGCUCCAGCAGGUUGUGAACACUAACCUGGUGAUGCUGAUGGUGCAGGCUGACUGUGACUGCUCACGCCAGUACUCCCCCAUCACGCUCAAUCCAAGAGAAGUCAAAUAUAACGCAACCGUGAAAUGCAACAGGAUGAAAUCGCAGAAGAUACGCAGACGUCCCGAGUCCUGUCACGCAUACCAUCCUCAUGAAAAUGCAAAAGACUGUGGUGGAGCGUGUGAGAUUUCCGUAUCAGUGGCUCUCUUCUUCAUAUCCCUAGUCACAUCUCUGACUCUUCACUGAUGAACAAGGACAAACACACCUCUGGUCCAGGCAUUUGGGAGUCUGCACACUGGCUCCUGUUUUAUAACUGCGAAGAAUCUCUCUCUAGUGAACAGUGCACCACUGUGUAUUAUUAACAGUGGAUAUACAUAAUUGUGGAUUGAAGCAGAACGUUUUAAAUAAACCUAUUUCACUGACUGCAACAGUAGGAUGUUGAAAGACAUGAACUAUUAAUAGUGUCUGAGAAAAAAAAGUUACGACAUGCCAAGCCCAGAGUGGCACUAAUUUUUAUUUUGAUGCGCUAUUUAAAUAUUUUU